AUGGCGCCACGUUUAAAAAUAUUGUUGUUCCUUUUAAUAUUAUUAUGUUAUACCAUCACAGUGAUGGGUAACUUCAUCAUUUUAUUUUUGGUCUUCUCUGAUACAAGACUUCACUUCCCCAUGUAUUAUUUCUUGAGUAAUUUAGCUGUCAUGGACAUCUGCUUUAUCAGUACUGUGGUGCCAGGCAUGCUGAAAGGAUUUCUUAACCAAGGAGUUCCUAUUUCUUUAGAAUUGUGCCUCAUGCAAUCUUAUAUUUACUUUUUAGUUGGGAUGGCAGAAUUCCUGCUUUUUGCAGUAAUGUCCUUUGACCGAUACUUAGCUAUCUGCAAGCCAUUGCAUUACACUAUUAUUAUGCACAGACUUACCUAUUGUCAGCUCAUAGCUGGAGUGUGGCUUGGAGCAUUUUUCACAACACUCUUGCCUACUGUUUUUAUAAUGAAAUUACAGUUUUGCAUUAAUGUAGUUGACAAUUUCUUCUGUGACUUAAGUCCUCUUCUUAGAAAUUCUUGCACAGAUACCAGCAAGAUUGAACUGAUAUCAAUUUUAAGUGCAAGCCCAUUAUGUAUUUCCGUAGUUGUGACACUCAUCUCUUAUCUAAAGAUAAUUCUAGAAGUAAUAAAAAUUGAUUCAGCUGAUGGAAGAGGAAAGGCUUUGUCCACUUGUUCUUCACAUGCUAUUGUAGUGACUCUAAUCUACAGCAGCUGCAUAUUUUUGUAUGUAAAACCAGCAAAAGGUCAGGGUGCUAGUUUGAAUAAAGGAGUUGCCAUUAUGAAUACUGUGGUGGUUCCUUUGCUCAACCCAUUUAUCUAUACAUUAAGAAAUCAGACUGUUAGGAGAUCAUUUUCCGAUAAAGUAUUAAACAUAUUCUUUAAAAAAGAAGCAAACUUUCCAGGGGUUAUAUCCGUGUAA